AUGGACUCCCUGGAUGUGUUAACAGCGACAGCUAUACACCUCUGUUAUCUUUUGCGGUCUGGCCGCAUCUCGAGUGUCGAAAUUGUCAAGGCAUAUCUUGCCCAAAUGAACCAAGAUGAUCGCGCAGGACUAGGGCUACGCGCGAUGAUCUCCACCAACUCCCAAACCGCCCUUUCUCAAGCAGCACGAAGUGAUAGUUGUACAAAUAUGACCGAGCUUUGGGGUCUCAAAUCAACCCCAUCCGGCCGUGAAUGGAUUUACGCAGUCUGCCUACAUCCCGACGGGUUCCACCCCGAUGAUCUCUUCAUGGGUCGUUCUGGCCCGGGAGGGUCUUCAUCCGGGUCCACUGUAGGCGUGUUGGCUGGAUUUGCACCUCUGGCGCUUGAAACCGAUAACGGGCUCGGUUUGCAUGGAAAACCAGUUGGUCUUUACCCCAUCACUGCUACCCGGAAAACAGUUCCUACGGACGGAGUGUUUACUUUGAGUCGGGAAUUUGACAAACUGGGUGGCAUGGCCAAAUCGCCAAAGGAUAUGAUGCAAGAUGGCAGGAUCCCGAUUACGUGGAACGCUUUCAUGUACCAAAAGGACCCAGACGAGGAUGUGGAAAAGCAAAUGGAACUGGUUGACUACAAUGCAAGCAACGCCGGCUGCGCCAUGCCUCAACCGCAUGCCGACCAGGCCGACUUGGUUGAAAUGCUAAGAUCGAACCUCACGGAGAAGACCGCUGCAGCAGCUAAAGCGCAUGGUAAACGCUUGGCUGGCCGCAAGGAAUUGACUUGGCACUGA